AUGUCUGAAGCCGCACGGCAACCGACAGCGUCGGAACCGUCACGCGACGAUGACGAUGACGACGACGACUCGGAACAACUACCCGAGAAGGAACCGUCGAAGGACGACGACGGCGACGAAGAAGUCACCACCGGCGGCCCCACGCUACCGCCGGAACUAUUGGCCGAGGCGAAGGCCGCCUUCGCCAUGUUCAGCGACGGUGGCGGCCGGAUGAACGUCAGGCACCUGUACACGGCACUGCGAGCGGUCGGCGUGGACGCGACCGACGAGGACGUCAUCACCGUGGUGGACGAAUACGACCCGAACGGCCGCGGACACAUCACCGUUAACCAGUGGACGGCGUCCGUGGCACGUCGGUGGGCCGAAGACGGGGCGCGGCGCCGACGGUUCCGCGCCAUGCUGGUGGCCGGCGACCCUACGUCCACCGGCCAGGUGACGGUCGACCACGUGCGCGCCGUGCUCAAAGAGUUCGACCCAAAGUUGCUGACGGCCGCAGACGCCAACGAAAUGGUGGCCAGCAUGGACUUUGCCGGCUUGGGAAUGGUCGACUACGACGAGUUCAUGGACACCAUGGUCCGGCCGGCGCCGCUUGACGCGACCAUAUCAUAUGAUUAUCCGUAG